AUGGAAGAAGGUAAAGGUAGAAAAGCUCAAGUCAAAGGGAAGCGCCCUCGUGUUGGGAAUCCAUCUACUGAUCACUCUUAUCUGACUACUGAAGAGGAAGAGCUCGAUAUAGAGGAAGAAGUGAGUAGUGAAGAGGAAGAGCUCGAUAUAGAGGAAGAAGUGAGUACUCCAGAGGAAGAGCUCGAUAUAGGGGAAGAAGGUCAUCUCUUCUGGUUUCAGAAACCAGGCGUUGUAUCAGCAUACCGCCCAAAUUACAACGUACAAGCAGAAGGAGAAGAAGCUCCAGGGAGCCCCUACUAUAUGAAUCUUUCAGACUAUGAAUCUGAAUAUGGUCAUGCCCAUGCUGUUGAGACCGUCAUAACCUGGGACGGACCAUUGAAUGGUGGAGGUGGUCCGGUUGUACAAGUACCCAAAUGGGCUCGUGAACGCGUUAAGAGGCUCCGUGCUGAUGCGGACCGCUGUCCCAAGACUCGGUCGCAAACGGCUGCAACGUUGAAGUUGAAGUGAUCAUAGGAGGAGAUCCUGCUGGACGGCCACCCUCUAAACCCCUGGCACUCGUUUGGGUUGGGUCGGGUUGGGUUGGGUUGGCUUGGGUUGGGUUGUAAGUAAGUAAAACUUAUUAGUAUUUCAAAUGUUCUCUCUUUCUUUCUACUUACUUCUGUAUGGGUUUCUUAAUUUCACUACUUAUAACUAAUGGCAUAUCAUCCGACAUGCUUCUUCUUCUUCAAUCGAAACGGUGGGUUCCUCGCU